CUGAAAAGGAAACAAAAGGAUACGUAUCGUGCAAGUUCAGGGUGGAGCGUUGAAGCCUUUCCUCCCUCUUUCCUUCCUUUUAAUUAGACCGUUGGAGUUUUUAUAUAGCAAGGAUUUAGGAUACGAAAUCCAAAACUCUCUUUUCUUCUGUAACGAACGACACGAACGAAGCAGCUAACAGUCAUCAAUAUAGUGAAGUGAAGUGAAGUGUAGAACAGCGAACAACCAUUGCAGAGAUUUCUGGUACUAUGCGAAGAACUAAUUCAACAUCAGCUUCCUCCCAAAACUCUAAUUCAGAAAUCAUGGCUGAGAUUUCUGGUGUUGUGCGAAGAACUAAUCAUCCCAGGAGUAAAACUAUCGAAUCUCUCCUUGCAGCCUUGAAUCCAAAGGCUUUUCUCCUUUCUUCUAAGAAUUCAACUUCAACAUCAACUUCCUCCCAAAACUCUAAUUCAGAAACCAUGGCUGAGAUUUCUGGUGCUUUACCAAAAAUCAUUCAUCCUAGGAAUAAAACUAUCGAAUCUCUCGUUGCAGCAUUGGAUCCAAAGGCUUUUCUCCUUUCUUCUAAGAAUUCAACUUCAACAUCAACAUCAACUUCCUCCCAAAACUCUAAUUCAGAAACCAUGGUUGAGAUUUCUGGUGCUGUGCAAAGAACUAAUCAUCCCAGGAAUAAAACUAUCGAAUCUCUCGUUGCAGCGUUGGAUCCAAAGGCUUUUCUCCUUUCUUCUAAGAAAUCAACUUCAACAUUAACUUCCUCCCAAAGCUCUAAUUCAGAAACCAUGGCCGACUCUACUGCAGCUCUACAACCAAACGAUCAGCCAAGAAGUCACACUCUUGAAUCUCCCUUGGCUGCAGCCCUUGAUCCCAAGGCCUUUCUCUCUAUGAAUUCUACUUCUUCUCUCGGGAACUCGAAUUCAGCAGCCACGGAGGAGAUCAGCAGUGCCCAGCCACCAAAAACCCUUGAGCUAACUCACACUCCAGAAUCUCUCUUUGUAGCACUUGAUCCCAAUGCUUCGAUCCUUGCUUUGAAUUCAGCCUCCUCUCUACCCAAGCUACUAGAAUUCACUCUGGAUGAUUUUGCUGUAGAAAGAGGGCCCAGAUACAGAUAUUACGCUGAACUGAGAGAAUCAAAACUAAGGAGGAAACACUAUAUGAUCAAGCAACAACAAUAUUCUAAUGAACCAGAGUCGACAGUGACACCUCCCAAGAAAAGGGUAACUUUUCAAGGGUCAAUUGCAUGCCAUGUGGGAAACGGAACAUCGGUGCCGGAUUUCUCAGCAAUUCUAAGGAAAGAGAACAGAAGGCCCCCAUCAUCGACAUUGAUGACGCCAACACUUUCCUCCAAGACUUCGAAAUCGACCAAUGCGAUGAAGAAGGGUGGGGGAGCAAUGAUGAGAAAGAAUUACGCCGGCAUUAAGAAGCUGAAAGGACUGUCUUUGGCUGUUGCCUCUGCCAUUAAUGGAGAAAACAGAGGGGGGAAGGGCAGCCGAGGGAUCAACCGAAUUGUUUUGGGCUAUAGACAAUACUGAUCGUGGAGCUGUGGUCUUAUUCAUCUUAUACAAAAAUGCCCUUCUCCUCUUUUCUUUUCCUUCUUGUGAAUCAUGUAACAUGUUUCAUAUAUUCUUUUCUUCCUUGUUUUGUGAGAACUGCUGUUACCUUCUACUUUUUAUUCUGUCACUGAUUGGUUAUGGAUUUUAUUUUCUUUUUUUCAAUCCCUUCACAAUGUGUAUGAAAUAUGUAAACUAUGAAGUGAAGUACAAAAUACUAAAAAUUGAUGUAAGUUGAUGAUCUAUGACUGUCUUUCUUUUUGAGCUUGUCUCUGUCCCCUGAGUA